UUGCUUAAGGAGGCGCGCGGAGGCGGGAGCUCAGCAUACGGCGGUAGCGCGCGGAGGUACGGUCCACGUGUCUCCCUAGAGUCCGGUCCUGAGUUUGCCCAGCAACUUUUCCCCGCGCGAUCCAGGGCGCCCCCUCGCCCGCCCACCCCCGGCCCGCGGGAGCGGGGCCUCACACGGUUCCCUGAGCUCAGUGGGUCAACUUGGCGAGCAACUUUGUCCCGGGACCGCGUAGGGGGACCGGGCACUGCGCAUGCGGAGCUCCAAAUUCAAACAGCUGUUUCCAAAGGCUGGAGGGCAAGUGGACGCGGAGCCGCUGGGGUUAGGGGAAACCUUCUCCAAGAGGCGGCCGCACCGGAGCCAUGGUGGACCGGGGCCCUCUGCUCACCUCGGCCAUCAUCUUCUACCUGGCCAUCGGGGCGGCGAUCUUCGAGGUGCUAGAGGAGCCUCACUGGAAAGAUGCCAAGAAGAACUACUAUACACAGAAACUGCAUCUGCUCAAGGAGUUCCCGUGCCUGGGCCAGGAGGGCUUGGACAAGAUCCUGCAGGUAGUAUCUGAUGCUGCAGGCCAGGGUGUGGCCAUCACUGGGAACCAGACCUUCAACAACUGGAAUUGGCCCAAUGCAAUGAUUUUUGCCGCCACGGUCAUCACUACAAUUGGCUAUGGCAAUGUGGCCCCCAAGACCCCUGCUGGGCGCCUCUUCUGUGUCUUCUAUGGUCUCUUCGGGGUGCCACUCUGCCUGACGUGGAUCAGUGCACUGGGCAAGUUUUUCGGGGGACGUGCCAAGAGAUUGGGCCAGUUCCUCACCAGAAGAGGCGUUAGCCUGCGGAAGGCUCAGAUCACGUGCACGGCCAUCUUCAUCGUGUGGGGCGUCCUGGUGCACCUGGUGAUCCCACCCUUCGUGUUCAUGGUGACUGAGGAGUGGGACUACAUCGAGGGCCUCUACUACUCCUUCAUCACCAUCUCCACUAUCGGCUUCGGCGACUUUGUGGCCGGUGUGAACCCCAGCGCCAACUACCAUGCCCUGUACCGCUACUUCGUGGAGCUCUGGAUCUACUUGGGCCUGGCCUGGCUGUCCCUCUUCGUCAACUGGAAGGUGAGCAUGUUUGUGGAGGUCCACAAAGCCAUCAAGAAGCGGCGGCGACGGCGGAAGGAGUCCUUCGAGAGCUCCCCACACUCUAAGAAGGCCUUGCAGGUGGCCGGGCGCACAGCAUCCAAGGACAUCAACAUCUUCAGCUUCCUAUCCAAGAAGGAGGAGACCUACAAUGACCUCAUCAAACAGAUUGGCAAAAAGGCAAUGAAGACAAGCGGCGGUGGGGACAGGGUCCCAGCACCAGGGCUAGGGCCUCAGGGGGCUGGGCUGCCAGCCCUCCCCACCUCCCUGCCCCCACUGGUGGUCUACUCCAAGAACCGGGUGCCCAGCCUGGAGGAGGUAUCUCAGACACUGAGGAGCAAAGGCCAUAUGUUGAGGGCCCCCCGGGAGGAGGCCAGGGCUGGGCCCCCCAAGGAUAGCUCUCCGACCCCUGAGGUGUUCAUUAACCAGCUGGACCGAAUCAGUGAGGAGGGUGAGCCGUGGGACACGCAGGACUACCACCCUCUCAUCUUCCAGAACACCGGCAUCACCUUCGUGAGCGAGGAGCCUGGCCUCUCAGAUGAGGAAACGUCCAAGUCCUCAUUGGAGGACAACCUGGCUGGGGAGGAAAGGCCACAGGAAGGUGCUGAGGCUGAGGCACCCCUGAACCAGGGCGAGGUCCCCUCCUCAGAUGAGUCCACCUUCACCAGCACCGAGUCAGAGCUCUCUGUGCCUUACGAGCAGCUAAUGAACGAGUAUAAUAAGCCAGGUGGCCCUACAGGCACGUGAGGAGGGGCCGGCUCCCCACCCCACCUUCUGGCUUCUGUCUCCCUCGUCCUGGGGCAUCCUACUAUGACUGGGAGCCCAGCUCCUGGUGGGAGACAGCCCGGAAACUGGGAGUGGGGGGCCAAGGGCCUUCCUUACCUUCCAUCCCCUCCAGCUAGAUGCUACUGGUUAAACAUGGCACACACCCAGGACAGGGCCUGCUCUCCCGCUGCAGGGGCACCUUGGCAGUGGGAGGCAUCUGUCCUGAGCACCACUGAUGUGUCUGCUGGUUCAAAGGUGUGUGUGGUUUGGCAGGACUGACCCCCAAGGAGGCCUGCUCCUGCCCAGGUCUUUGCCUGUCACUCGGUUGAGAAUGUCACGUGGUUCUCUUUAGCCGGUUUACAAGUAUUAAUGAGCUCCUUCUGUGUGCCUGGUACUGAGCUGGGCAUUUUGGAAAGGGAAAGAGGGCAAUGUGAGCCCUGGGUCCUGCUUUGCAGAGGGGACAGCUGCGGUGUGGGAUGCGGGGCACUUGAGUGCCUCAGUAGUAGCAGGGCCUGCAUUUAACCCUCCCCCAAACCACCUCUUCUGCCUGACUGUCAGGCCCCUACUGCAAAUCUCAGUAGAGAAGAGGCAGCCUAGAGGAAGGGAGAGGAGAUAAAGGGUGCUUGCUAAACAUUCCCUGUACAUAGGACCCGUAGCAAUUCUGUGUGGCCCAGGGUCCUAGCCUUUGUAAAAUUACUGGACCCAGUCUAGCCCAGAGCCCAAUUUUCUGUCUUAGACACCCUUUGGCCAAGCGAUGGCAGACAGACCUUCUGCCUGCCCAGGAAGUGUUAGAAGAGAGCGUAACAGGCCAUGGCCAUGAGGCUGGGGCUUCUGGAGCUGGCAGGAGUGAGCUCAGCUCUGGACCAUUCUGUCCCCACCUCCUGUCUCGCUGUCUUCUCACUCCCUAAGCCCAGAAAGAGGACCUUGAAGCUCCUAACCCCUCCUAGCUUCCUGCAGCAGGAGGCCAGGUUGCUCUUGGCUCUUGGUUCAUAAUGGGGAUGGCCAAAUACAUGAAUCAAGCUCCUCCCUCUGGCCACUGUGUGUCAUUUGUGUCUGUGCGCACAUGCGUGUGUGUGUGUGUACGUCUAUCUGUGUUUAAGAAAGGAAAGAAUUUGCAAUGGAAGGAACAAAAAGAUAAUGUGAAGCUGUACCCAGAUUGCCUUGUGAGGGGCUGGCGGAGCCAUGGGGUCCCCAUGAUGCACACCCUAGGGCUGGCCCACUCAGCCCCGAGUUUUGUUUUGUUUUGUUUUUUUUUUUCAGAAGAAACUGCUGUUUUUAUAUACCUGACAUCUUUUUAGCUUCAGAGCCAGAGGGGAGAGGAGGUAAGAGAGCAGGGUCCUGGGGCGCAGGCUGGUCAGUAUUCCUCCUGCCCCCAGCUCAGCUAGGCCCUCCUUGGUGACCUGGACCAAGACCCCACACACAGGGGGCAAGGGCACUGAGCGGCAGGCCAGCAGAGCUGGGGAGGGGCAUCUGUCGCAGGCAACUGAUGCUGGGCAGAAGUGAGUGAUCACCCUUGACCCCCAACCCCUGCUGUGCCUCACAGCCUGUCCCCAGUACUGUGGGGCCAAAUGGGCCAGAGCCCCACCCCGACAUGUGAAGACGGUGAUAGGCGGGUAUGUCUACCCCCCACCCCCCAUACUGUACCCAGGGGAAUACGGUGGCCCCACCACAGGGUGAGAAGGACAGUGACCUUCUAGUUUUCUGUGAAAUGUUUCAAUGAGCUCAUUGUAGUUUGCUCACCCCACCUUGCUGGGGUGUCGCCAGCCCUCAUUGUAUUGCACACGCUGUAUGUACAUAGUGGCAAUGAUGUCAAAUAUAAUUUAUUUUACAUUUUUACAAUAAAACAUGAGAUGGACAA